UGGCUCAGUUUCAGUGGAACUGCCGGCGGUAACGCGUAGAAAACGAGAUAAAUAAGAAAACUAUAAUAAAAUAAAAUUGAAUAAAAUAAAAUAAGAUAAUGCUUAAAUAGAAAAAAUAAGAAUAUAACAAAAACAAAAAACGCAUUAUAACAAUAAAACGAAAAUAUAAUUUUUUGUUUGUGUUUACGCUUAUUUGCGCAAGUGAUAAAAAACGCUGACGUACUGGUGGCAGCCAAGAAGUAGCAUCGCAGCAGCAACAACAACAACAGUAGCAGUGUGUAGAAAAGAAAAAUAUUUUUGAGAAUAUUUAUAAAUACAAAUACAAAUGUAUAUUAAAUAUAAGAUUGCUGCGCUUAUAAAUAUAAAAUAUUUGAAUACAAAAAUAAAUAUAAAUAUAAAUUAAAAGGCAAAUGAAGUGGUGAGCAGCAGCAAAACGCAAAAAAAAAGUGGGUGACUUUUGUUCAAAGCUUUUAUCGAGUGUAUUUCUUUGCAUAUAUCCUAUAGAUUUGUAUUUGUAUAUACGUUAAUAUAUACAUACAUAUAUAGAUAUAUAUAUUUAUAUUUUUUUGAGAAAAAAAAUUGCAAAAAAAAUUUGCAAAAAAAGUGUGUGGCAGCGUAAGGUGGGUGCGACUGUCAGCUAUGACACCUUUAAAGUAGCAGCACAACAAACACAAACAAAAACAAACAAAUUGCAAAGAAAAUUAAAUAUAAAAAAAAAAUAGAAAAACACAAAAAAAUCGAAACGCAAAAAGAACAAAAAACAGCAAACGAAAUAAUUUUUUGCAACAAGGAGUUUGACUGGGUUGACAACAUUUGUGCGGCUGUGUGUGUGUGUUAGUAAACACACAAACCCACUAAAGGGAGACAGCCGUCGGCUGGACAAAGUGUAGUGCAGUGCAAGAACUGGCGGCGCAGCGUGCGACGCGUCGCUGUGGCUUGCUGAUGUUAUGUGCUAAGCUCUGCUGCCCGCUGCUGAUGAUCUAAGAUUUAUUAAUUUAUCCUUCAAUAAUGGCAGAAAUAAUAGCAUCAACUGUAAAUAAGUAAAGUUCCCAGUGUAAGUGUGCCUCAGUGUUAAGUUUGAGCCGCAAUUUUGUCUCGCAAUAAUUCUUGACAAUUGAAAGGAAAUAAGCAGAAGAGGCACAAUGACAGCCACGUCACAUAAAUGGGACAAAUUAUCGCCGCGUGAGUUUCAACAGCUGCAGGAAUUGGCGUCAUGACAUUGACUACGAUGGCUUUCGCUGCUUCCUCGAUGCCUUUCUCGACUGCGAGACACCAGUCGACUUGGCCAAACAUCUAUUCGUUUCCUUCCUCAAACCGAAUGUCACACAGUCGCAGCUGCACGGCAAGGCGCUCAAUCAGAUGGCAGCCAUUAGCAGUACGACGGCGUGUGCGGCCGUCACAUCGCAUACGAAGGGCUCCAUACCGAAUAUCAGCAGUAUUGCUGAAAUUGCAGCGCCAGCGGCGAGCGAAGCGCGUCACACCUUCGUGGAGAAGAUUCAUGGCAUCACCGAUAAGCUGCACUCAUUGAGUGGCCAUUUGACACAUGAUCCCAGCAAGACGGGCAGUGUACAUCCGAUGGUAACUGUUACGCCCAGUCCACUUGCGAGUGGCCCCUCCAUAUUUCAGAGCAGCGCUGUGGCGCGCCGUUCCGUUGAUUCGAGCCCAUCGCAUUCGCAAGCGAAUCAUUCACAGAUGUCACGUAACUCAUCAAAGAAGAGCAACAAUUCGGUUAAUUGCAAAAUCGAUACUGAUAUCAAACUUUUGGCACGCAAACUUUCACACUUUGAUCCGUUGACGCUGAAGGUGCCGCUCAAGGAUGUCGUCUGUUAUUUGUCAUUGCUGGAAGCUGGACGACCGGAAGAUAAGCUUGAAUUUAUGUUUCGUCUAUAUGAUACCGAUGGCAAUGGUGUCCUGGAUACCGCCGAAAUGGAUGCGAUUGUUAAUCAAAUGAUGGCUGUUGCCGAAUAUCUUGGCUGGGAUGUUAGCGAAUUGCGGCCGAUUCUGCAAGAUAUGAUGGUGGAAAUUGACUAUGAUGCCGAUGGCACUGUUUCACUGGAAGAGUGGCAACGCGGCGGCUUGACAACCAUUCCGCUGCUCGUGCUCUUGGGCGUUGACAAUACGGCACUGAAGGAUGGCAUUCAUGUGUGGCGCUUAAAACAUUUCAGCAAGCCGGCAUAUUGUAAUCUCUGCCUGAAUAUGUUGGUCGGCCUUGGCAAAAGUUCUCUGUGCUGUAUGUGAUGUCAAUAUACGGUGCACAGACGUUGCGCACGUGCACCGCCCUCCUGCAUCACCACCUCGUGAAACAAAAAGCCAAGCGGCGGCGACAUGUUACACCACUGGGUCGAUGUGUGCUCGCCGCUGCUCAAGUGUCGCAAACGCAUUAAGGCAUAUCACGGCAUCACCGGUUUGACGUGUCGCUGGUGCCACAUGAUGCUUCACAAUCGCUGUGCCUCGUCGGUGAAAAAAGAAUGUACUUUAGGCGAAUAUGCGGAUUUAAUUAUACCGCCAACGGCCAUCUGUCCGGCGGUCUUGGAUCGCCAGCGCUCGGUUAAUCAAGCGAAUAAAGCCACGCAUUUUCAAAUUACGCCGCCAAAUGAGAGCAGCUGCCCAUUGUUGGUAUUUGUGAAUCCGAAAAGUGGCGGACGCCAAGGUGAUCGUAUAUUGCGAAAAUUUCAAUAUAUGCUCAAUCCGAGGCAGGUGUAUGAUCUCUCGAAAGGUGGACCGAAGGAAGGUUUAACGUUAUUCAAAGACAUGCCGAACUUCAAAGUGAUUUGCUGUGGUGGUGACGGUACUGUUGGUUGGGUACUCGAAGCGAUGGAUUCCAUUGAACUUGCCACGCAACCAGCCAUUGGCGUCAUACCAUUAGGCACUGGCAACGAUUUGGCGCGCUGUCUGCGUUGGGGUGGCGGCUAUGAGGGUGAAAAUAUACCCAAGCUAAUGGACAAAAUUAAACGCUCAUCCAUUGUAAUGCUGGAUCGUUGGAGUAUUGAGGUGACGAAUGCGGCGCCUGUGGCGGAAAUACUGCGACCAAAGGUCACGCUCCACUCGAAUAUGCAGAAAGUGAUUGAGCUAUCGCAGAGUGUUGUGGUCGAAAAGGCGCUUUUCGAGAAAUUCGAGGAGUUCCACCGCAGCACCAGCGUUUGCACGAACAUGUGCAGCAGCAGCAGCAAACAGGAGCACAUGACCACAACGGCAUCCACGUCAUCGAUGAGUUCGUCGAUUACCACAGCAACCGAAUAUGCAAACGAUGCGGUUGGCGGCGGCAUGCGGGGUACGAGUGUCGGCGGUGCGGGUGGUGGUAUUGCGGGUGGUGGUAUUGCGGGCAAUGGUGACGGUGGUGGUAGUGGAGGUGGAGGUGGCAACGUGGGCCGCGCAACUAAAAGCAUAUCAAUGUCGACAUUCGAAACGAAACGCACGCUCACAACACUCAGCAAUAGUAGCAGCAGUUGCAGCAGUACGAGCACAAUUAUUAGACAACAAAAGCAGCAACAGCAGCACGAGGAACAAGAGCGCCAAAGGGAACGACGUGAACGAACGCAAUCAGAAGACUUGCAAUCACCUGGCACACCGCAAACGCCGGAAAUGGCUAAAAGCGUCCACGGCGAUGCAAUUGAUGAUGGUAGCAACAACAACAAUGACAACGAUAAAACGAACAAUAGUGGUGUGAAUCGCACCGAACACCAUUCAAUACACGCGCCUGCGGUGGCAACAGACAUUCCAAAUAAUCCGGUAGGUGAGGAAAAGAGCGAAGUAGAAGCAACGGCUGCGACAGAACAAUUACAGGCACCUCCUAGCGCGAAAAGCAUAUCAGCACCAACAGAAAUGGAAAAUGUUGCACUCAGCACUGCAUCAAGGAAAGCGAACACCGUUACCACCACACUUGAUACCACUGCCCCCAUUGUACCCAUUAGCAACGAGGUUGAGCUCGCAGUUGCGGCAGAGGUAUCGACUGCCGUUGACAGGUCGACAGUGCCAAGCACGCCAUUGUCACCGACAUCGCCAUUACCGAUCUAUUCGGCAUCGCCCAAAUAUUCUCCUACGCAAUCUCCUCCCGUCGCCGUACCUGAGCCGGAAACAUUAGCAGCAGAUGCAGAACCUUCAACACCGUCCGCAUUGAAUUCGUCCGGCAGUGCAGCAGCUAAAAGUCAAGCUGUUAUAUGUCUCCCCAAACAGAUUAAGGUGCAGCCGGAAAAAGAUUGCACAGUGCCAUAUAAUAUCAUCAACAAUUACUUCUCAGUCGGUGUGGAUGCAGCAAUCUGUGUUAAAUUCCACUUGGAGCGCGAGAAGAAUCCACACAAAUUCAACAGUCGCAUGAAAAACAAGCUGUGGUACUUUGAAUAUGCUACUUCAGAAACAUUUGCGGCGUCAUGCAAGAAUCUGCACGAAAAUAUCGAAAUUGUGUGCGAUGGUGUUUCACUAAAUUUAGCCAAUGGCCCACAUCUACAAGGCAUCGCCCUGCUAAACAUUCCUUACACACAUGGCGGCUCGAAUUUGUGGGGUGAACAUCUGUCACAGAAACGUAUACGCAAAAGCGCUGGUCCAUUCCGUAAAGGGAAAAAACUUAAAUCUUCGGAUAAAGAACUUUCGGCGACAAGCUUUACAUCUGUGGACUUAUCAGUUGCAACGCAAGACUUUGGCGAUCGCCUGAUUGAAGUUAUUGGUUUGGAAAAUUGUCUACACAUGGGACAAGUGCGCACCGGCUUACGCGCCUCCGGUCGACGUUUAGCACAAUGUAGUGAGGUCAUUAUUAAGACGAAGAAAACAUUUCCAAUGCAAAUCGAUGGUGAGCCAUGGAUGCAGGUACCUUGCACGAUAAAAGUCACUCAUAAGAAUCAAGUUCCUAUGCUAAUGGCACCACGUUCCGAGAAGGGUAGAGGCUUCUUCAAUUUACUAUGCAGCUGAUUUCGGCGGAGCGUUUCCGCUAGUAGUUCCAUAGCACAGCCACUGAUGGAACGACACCAACAACAACACAAAGAAACCACCGUCCAACACAUAGAAUAGCUUUAAUUUUAACGCAUUACAACAAAAGUAUGCGGAAAAAGGAAAAGGAAAUGAAAUAAACGAACAAAAGAAAAAUAGUGAUGAACGUAUAUGUGAAACAGAGAAAUACAAAUGUUAAAAAUGUUAAAUACAACCUAUUACUAAUAUAUGUAUUUAGAAAUAGCAACAGUUGUAAAAGCGAAGAACUACAAAUUUUAAUGCAUUCAUAUUGUGAGCUUUAAUUUAUUUUAUUACAGCAUAUUUUAGUUUAACAACAAAUUGUAAUAUUUUAGGAAAAUAGUAAAUUUAUUAGAAAAAUAAUGUUUAUAAUAGUGAAAUACAUGAUAUACAACAAUCUUUGUAGAAAUAUAUGCUUGUAUAUAAAACGCCACUAAAUAAGUUUAAGGUUAAUAUAUAAAUAAUUAUAAUAAUAAAUAAAUACUAAAAUUAUAAAACAAUAAUAAAUAUCAAAAUAAUAAAAUAGUAAUAAUUUUUUGAUUGACGCUUUGAUUAUAUAGUUGCCCAAGUGCUUCAAAGGCUUAACCAAAAUAUAAGAGUCCUAGCCAUUCUAAAGCUUACAAUGCGCUAUUUAAUUUUCGUAAAAAAUUUUUUUUUUUUAAUUUUUAAUAUUAUGUAGCUAACUGUUAAAUAAACUGUCAGCGAAUUUAGUACUAAAUAUUAUAAUGGCCUUGUGUGCGUAAAAAUGUGUAUACAUUUAUAUAUAUAAAUAUUUAUUAAAAAUUACUGAACAAACUCGUCAAGUCUUAAAAUACUUGUAGCUUUGCCUUAGUUGUAAUGGUUAAAUCAGUGUAAAUAUCUGUAUAAUAAAAAAAGCAAAUAGUCAAUUUGAUUUCUAAACACAAUCUUCGUUUUUAUUAAAUACAUUAAUUAUUUUGAUUUGAUUGAAUAAUUUAAUUAUUUGUCGUAAGUCGUUAAAUUAAUUUAUAUACAAUGAGUAACAAAAUAAAUAGAGAAUAUAUUUUUUAUCUAUUUGUUAUAUUUAUAAUUUUUUUCUUUUACUUUAGUUCUGCCAACCUUACCAUUAUCAUUAAUUUAUAAUUAUUUUUAGUUAUUAAAACAUUUAUUAAAGCUCACCCUGUUGUCUUUGUUUACACGUUCAAAAGUAUUUAAAUUUGCGUAAUCAAAAACUAUUAGCUCAAAUCAUUGUUUUUUCUACAUAUGUUACAUAUUUUUACUAAAAGUAUAUGAAUUUUUUUAAAUAAAAAGUUCUCAUCACCGCUUUAAGGUGAAAUUUUCGUUUUAUGAACGCAGAGUUGUUUUAAUAUGCUUUGCUUUUUGUUUCUAACAUUUAGAAAUAUUUUGUUUAUUUAUCUGUGUAAAGCAUAGUAAAACUACUUAAAAAUCACCGAUAUCAAGUGUAAAUAAAUAUUAUUAUGAUAUCGGUAUAUAUAAAAGAAAUAACAAUAUCGUGACGGAAAAUAUAUCAGUAAAUGGUGCAGCUUUAAUGGAAUUUUCAAAGAAAUCAAAUUGCAUAUUUAAUAUACAAAUUAUUACAAUACAUACAUACAUACUUAAAUAGUUAUAAAAUACUACCAUAGCGCAUAUUCAUAUAUGCACAUAUGAAUAGUUAUAACAUAUAUGAAUUAAAAUAAA